AUGCAAUUUUAGGUUCGACUGUUAUAAAAGAUCAGGCAUACAAAUAUCGUGGCUUAUAAAGACUCAUUUGUUGACAGAGAAUAAUAUUUGAAUAUGGUCAUGACUUAUUGUGAUGGGGGAGAUAUGUACACAAAGAUUAAAAACUCUAAAGGAAAGAACUUCCCAGAACCUUAAAUCAUAGAUUGGUUGGUUUAGAUGUCAUUAGCUCUUCUGUAUUUGCAUGAGAGAAAAAUCCUUCACAGAGAUAUGAAAACUCAAAACAUAUUCUUGAAAAACGGAAAAAUCAGAUUAGGAGAUUUCGGUAUAGCAAAGGUGCUAGAUAGUACGAAGGAUUUCGCUAACACAGUAAUAUUUAAUUGGAUAAUAUUUUAGUGCAUUGGAACUCCAUAUUAUAUGUCGCCAGAACUGUUCAAAAACAAACCAUACAGUUAUAAAUCUGAUGUGUGGGCACUUGGUUGUGUUUUGUAUGAGAUGUGUAAUCUCCGACACGCUUUUGAUGCCUAAUCUAUUAACGGACUAGCUGUAAAGAUUCUAAGAGGUUCAUAUCCUCCUCUCAAUAAUACAUACUCUAAGUAACUCAGGGAUUUGAUACAAAAAAUGCUUUCAGUCAAGCCAAGUACAAGACCAACAAUUCUAGACAUCUUAAAUAAGUCAUUUGUCAGAAAAAGAGCUAUAGCCUACAUUAAUGAAUGUGUAAAUGGACCUCCAGUAGAAUUAGCUCCCACAGAUGUUGAUGACAUGAACUAUGAUAGUGUCAAAGAUUAAGGUGAAAAACUUGGAUUUUUUGGUAAUACUCCAGAAAGUUAAUCUUCACUUUUGGCAGGCAGGGGCCCGAUUUCAGGUGCUAUGAAUGCUAAGAAAAUGAGAAAAGUGAUUGGUGGUUCAUAGAUUUAGUAAUAAAAAAUUCCAACUCCACUAGACUAGAAGAAAGAAUUGGCAAGACUUAAAAAGGAGAUUUUAGAGAAGAAGAGAUUGGAGAAAAAAGUGGCAUAACUAGAGACUGAGGCUUAAAAGAAAUAAAAAGAAUUCGCUGACAAAUUUGGUGAUCCAGCUAAACCCAAAUAAGGUGUUGGAGCCCCAAAUCAGCAAAAACCACCAUAAAGUAAAUAAAAAGCAAAAGAAUCGAUUAUUUAGAAAAAGGGUUCUGUGAUUUCUCAAUAACAAGAGACCCUUGUAAAUUAGAACCAAAAAGCUAAUAAAAAUUAGUCUUUUGUUAAAAAUGAGGGUUAGGAGGAAGAAAAAUCCUAAAUUAGCAUGGCAAUGAGAAAAGGGGAUCACACAACUUCCCAAAGCUCAAUUUCAAUAGAUAGCAAGAUGUCUUAGUAAACUAGUGGUCCAAUCAAUAGUUACUAGGAAUUCAGUAAAAUUUUCAAUCCUAAAUCUGUUGGACUUCAUCAAAAAGGGGUGAGAAGAAGUUCUCAUGAAAAUCCAUCUAAUCAAACUACUACUGUUAUAGAAGAAAAAUAAUAGCCAAUCAACAUCAAUAGAGGUGGAAGCUAGGUACCACCAGAAAAAGAGAUUGACUACAGAGCAAAAGUUAUGAUGGAGAAAGAAAAAAGAAGAAAGGAUGAAGAGGAGAAGAGACUUAGAGAGCUUGAUAAAAUCAGAUAGGAGACUGCCUAAAGGCGUCAAGAAGCAUUCUAAAAAGAACAACUUCAAUACAGACCUUCAACCGCUUUGAAGAUGUGUCUUGGGGAAUAGAAUUAAGUUGAGACAGCAAGUACUGCAUCUGGAACCACUAUACAAAUGAAUCUGAGCGCUAGUAAAUAAAAAAAUAAGAAAAUUGAGGAAGACUAUAGUAUGUUUGAAGAGGUGAAAGAUGAUGAGUUAGAAGAUAUUAUUGAAGAGGAGAUUGAGGAAGAAUCUGAAGAUGAAAGGGCAGAUGACUUAAUGUUGACUAGUAAUGAAGAAAGAGAGGAGAGAAGAGCCUAAAGAGAAGAAUUGAAAACAUUGAAGACUCAACUAAUGACAAUGAAGUAAAAGCUUACAAUGAAGACUGUGAGGAUUGAGGAGAUCAAAGAGACUUUAAAAAGAACACAGUUAAUGACUAGAGUACUUAAAGAUGGAACAGUAGUUCCAGAUCCUGAGAUAAUAGAUGAGGUAGUUAAGGAAUAUGAGAAUCAAGAAGAAGAUGAAGAGGAAGAUCCUGGACAGGAUGAAUUCAAUGGAGAAGAUGAUGAGGAUGAAUUAGGAGGUCUUGAUGAGGAUGAGGAAAACGAAGAUGAUGAAGAUGAUGGAAUGGAUAACGGUUUGGAGUAAGUUGAUCCUCAAAUCCUUAAGAUUCGAGAAAGAAUUAAAUUUUUAAGACAUAGAUGCAUGGCUAGUUUAGGCAAUCAACUAUUUGAGAAGGCUCUAAAUUCUUUAAAAUCUAACUAUAAUAAGAGUGCUGAUGAGAACAGAGAGAUGCUUAUUAAAAUAUUGGGCGAAGAGAGUAUUGGUUUCUGGGCCAUAUUUGAUCAGAUUGUUUUCUUUGAAGGAAUGCUUGAUGAAAUCUCGACGAAUGAAAGUGGAACAGAUUGA